AGUGUCAGGUGACUUGGGGAAAUCAUAUGACCAGCAGUUCCCUACUUCUGUAAAUGUUUAAGUUUUGGGGGGUGGGCGUUGUACGUGGUUUUAUGCUAGUUUCCCGCGGAGAGCGGCAGCGCGUUUCGGGACUCUCCCCUCCCCUCUCGGGGUCGGAUCCUGGGACGGGCUGACUCUGCUGAUCCAGGAGUACCUUCGCUCCCCCACAGGGAUCGCCGCUGGAGAAAGCAGCGAGGAUGGAUUUGGCGUCGCUCUUCAGCUGGCAUGGACGCAUCUCCCGAGAGCUGGACGCCGUGGUGGAUUUCUGGCUUCAGCAUUCGCACGACGAAGAAUACGGGUGAUGGAUCGCUGCCUGUCUAUUCAUCUAGGGCCCCCCGUCGCCCCAGGGCCAGCCAGCGUGGGUUGUGGCUGAGGGGGCAUUUGAACAGGGCUCUCCCGCAGUCCAGUCCUGUACCUGCCACACUGACUCCCUCUCACGACAUGGGGGGAGGUUAUGUUUAUAGUGAUGCUGUACACGCCAUUAAGGAAAUCGACCCAAAUGGGGAGGGGGGAGAGGGUAUGUGAAACAGGGGAGCCCUUCCCAGAAAGGGGGGGGGUGGAACAUACCACUGAGAUGCAAGGAGAUACUUCCCCCUCCCUCCCCUCACAUGGCCUGAGGCAGACAAAUCUACCCUCCAGUGCGGGGGGGGCACCUCUGGCUUGGCAACCCUUUUCAUUUAGCCCACUAUUUUCGGGAGGCUGUGCCCACCUGACUCACACGUGACGUCAUGCAUGACUUGAAAGCAACCACCCGGAGCUUAGGGCUCCCUGUUGCUCCUUGGACCAGCAUGGAUGGCAUUCCACUGGGAAAUUCUCCUCUGCAAGCUUCGUGGAAACAAAUGUGAUCUGUGGGCCAUAUGCUGCUGUCCCCAGAUAGGCUCUCCUUCCAUUUCCGUGGGGCUUGCGGAGCAGAAUGUCCUGGCAGAUGGUGCUCUGUGAAGCAGAUCUGCCUGCCCUCUUAAAGGCAUUCCACGUUUUCUGCGCCUGCUUUAGCUCUAACUCCUGACGCUGCCAGAGGCAGCUUCCUGUCUUACUUCUCGCAGGCCAGGGCUGGGGGAAUCUCCAAAACUCCUUGGACUCCAGCUCCCACCUUCUCUGGCCAUUUGUUGUGCUGGCUGAGGGGCUAUGGGGAGCCCCACUCAGCCACGCCCCACGACAAGUUCCUCUUUAGUCAGUAGUUCUCUGCCCGGCCUGCUCUCAUCCUUCCCUCUAGGAAAUUGUGGGGGCCCCCCUCCUGGUUCUCACCCCUGCCUCUUCUUUCCCUCUAGGGGGUUCUUUACAUGUCUGGGCCAGGAUGGGAAAGUUUAUGAUGAUUUGAAAUACGUUUGGCUGCAAGGCCGGCAGGUAGGGGUCCUCAGGGGCCGUGGAUUUUGGAAAACUUUUUAGAUUUUCUGUUGGGAUCCCCUUUGUGUGGUUGGGGCUGGGGUGGAAAAUGAGGCUGGGCAGGGCCAGCUUCUCUGAAGCCAGCCAAGGCUUAAUUGGAACCUGGCUUGCCUGGAAUUGGCCUCAGAAUCUGGUUUCAGUGCUGGCCUUAAAGCUUGGAAUGAACAGGUAAAGCAAAUUUAAUAAAUAAAUGGCACACGUCUCUCUGAGCAUGCGCAGAAUGCCUCAACAGUGCAGCUCCCCUGUCAGUCCCCCAUAUUGGGAAAGUUUUUGCACGAGGAAUUUCCAAGCAAGUCUGAGGUCCAGCACCUGUCUCCUUAGAGGUUAAGAAUAGGCCAGGCCUGCGCAUCACUGUGGAGAGCCACGCUCACAGCUCAUACCCUGAAUGGCAGACAUCAGUGCCGGGGCUUAAGCCAAGGAAAGGAAAGCUGUGGCCCUCCAGGAACGGAUGGAGUCCAGUUCUCAUCGUCCCUGACCACCGACCUUGCUGGCUGGGGCUGAUGAGUGCUGGAGUGAGCAAGUGUCCUCAUCCCUGGCUUAGCCAAGGCAGAUGUCUGCCAUGAGACUAGAGGGCCCAGGUUACCUCUCCAUCCCUUCCCAAACAGGUGUGGAUGUACAGUCGGCUGUAUCGAAAAGUACCAAGAUUCCGGCGCCCUGAACUCCUGCAGGCAGCCCGAGCAGGUAACUUCUUCCACCUUGUGUACAGAAGGGAUGGGAUUUGGGAAUGAAGGCAAAGAAAGGAUAAUAUUGGGUGGGCAGACAGAGGUCUGUGGUGUGUGGACUGGGGCAGGGAGUUGAGAUGAGGGCUGAGAGACUCUUGAAAGUUCUGAUACUUUGGAAUGGUGGUGGGGUUAUAGGGGUUGUCCCCCCACAAUUAAUCAUCAUCAUAAUCUAAUCAGUUAGCCUUUCCUGUUAACUGAGUACUCCUUGUAUGGUAAGCCAUUCUGCCCCCCCGAGAAUGAGCCUGAAGCAGAGAGAUUUUGCCUAAGGCCACCUACUGCGUCUGUGGGAGAGGGGCAGUUUGUACUGGGGCUUGCCAAUUCAUAGCUCAAUCCCUGGUUGUGAUCAGUUGGAGAAAGUGUAAAAAGUUGGGGGGGGGUCUUGGCCCAAGUGCUCUGGGUAUUUGGUUGCCAGUAGCAGAGAGGGGCAGAGCUGCCUUCCUCCAAAUCUACUUCUUUCUCUGAGGUGGGGAGUUCCUGUUAGCGCAUGCACGAGUGGCCCCACCUUCGCAGAAGUGUGCCUUUGUCCUGACUCGUGAUGGGCGCCCUGUGAAAAUCCAGCGCACCAUUUUCAGCGAGUGCUUCUAUGUCCUUGGGCUGGAUGAACUUGGACGAGCAACUGGGGAACCUCGUUACCAGGUGAGGUCAGGAGAGCUGGAUACAAAUGUCCUGAUUGCCUGCCUGCCUCCUUAUAUGAACGGUGGGCAUCUAAACCUGCUUAUCCUCCCUUUUUUUCUCCCUCUGAUUAUUACCUCAGCAAAAAUACCCUUUCCCCAAAGCUAUGGUACAGCUCCUAGCACAUGGCUGAUAAAACCGCAGCCGUAGGGUUGGGCCCAGAGUGGAGAGACCAGCUCAUUUUACCUCAUGGUGCUGCGGUUGAGGGACGUCUUCCUGUCUCUAUGGAUACUGGAGUUCCGUUGAUAGAACUAGAAGAAGAAUAGCCAUCAUCUACAUAGGGGAAGAGGCUGGUCAGCUGGUUGAGUCUGCUCUUGUGUAGGGUUAACCCUUGUCCAAAGUACUGGUCCAUGGGAGGUGCUGUGGGGCCCGCUGUGAACCUCUGCUCCCCCAGGAGGCAGUGAUAGCCACCAACUUAGAUGGCUUUAAAAGAGGAUUAGACAAAUUCUUGGAGGAGGCGAGGGCUAUCAGUGCCCACUAACCUUGAUGGCUCUGCUCUGCCUCCGUAGAAGAGCGCUUAAGAACGGAAGAGGAGCCCUCCUGGAUCAGACCAAAGGCCUACUUUGUCCAUAUCCUCUUUCCCACACUAGCCAACCAGAUGCCUUCAAGCAACACAUGAGAGCGACGGCUCUUUUUCACCCUUUUCUCUUGGGUAGUGGAACUCUACUAUAACGCAUAUCUCUGUUGGUUGGAGGAGUCCUGAGUGGUUGGUUGUUGGGCAGCUAUCUGGCUUCUUCACUUGCUCUCUCUCACCCUCCCUGCUGAUCAGCCCUGAGGAAGCCUGAGCAGUGAGCCAAUGAGUUUGGCCAAGGCCUGCUGAGUCCUUUGGAGAAGUGGGAAACCUGACUCCAGGCAUGGAUGUUGUGGGAGUGGGACCAGCCCUAACCUUAGGUUUCCACUUGGCUAAUGGGUAUUUUCGUAGGUUGUAACGAUGUUCCUGUUGGCAGAGGGAAGCCUUGGCAAUGAUGGAGGCCAUUGUGCACUGGGUGAGGGAGGAUCCCUCUGAGCUGGGACGCCCACUGCUGGCGGGGGCAAGCCCACAUGACUCCAUGGCUGUUCCCAUGAUGCUCCUCAACCUGGUGGACCAGCUGUCAGAAGGAGAUGCAGAGGCUGCAAGCCGGUUCAGUGAGCUGGGAGGCUGGUCUGCUCAGCGAAUCCUCAUGCAUGUGCAGGUAAAGGGGUGGGAAUGGUCGCCCCCCCCCCGCCCUUUAGUCUUGCUUUUGUCUAUGUUUGAUACGUUUUAGAAUAGAAUUCUUAUUUCGCUACAGAGGGAUGGUGCUGCUGUGUUGGAGAACGUUUCUGAAGAGGGCGAGGAGUUGCCAGGGUGUUUGGGAAGGCAACAGAAUCCUGGUAAGAAGAGACCAAGAGCCAGGAUGCUUUGGGAGUCAAGUGCAGCAGCGUAUAUUUUGCUGUGGAAUUUCAUGUUAGCCAGAACCCCAGGAAUCUAGAUUUUUAGCAAACAAAUUUCUAGCCUGUUUAGCAGUAGAGCAAAGUUUGAAAAUAUCUCUGUCAGACCCACAGGUUAGGGCAGUGGCGUAGCGUGGGUUGUCAGCACCCGGGGCAAGGCAAGUAAUUUGCGCGCCCUAACCCGAGUGAGCCAGGUAGGGGCAGAGAGCUGCGAGUGCGAGCGCCCCCCCCCCGAUGUUGCGCCCGGUGCGGCCGGCCCCCCCUGCACCUCCUACGCUACGCCACUGGGUUAGGGUCCUGAAUGAAGAGUUGGGCUGGUGUAUGCAUUGCACUCCAUUGCUGGGAGAUUUGUAGCCCUCCAGAUGUUGGAUAUAAAAUCUCAUCAGCCCCAGCCAGCAGGGCCCCAGUCAGGAAUGAUGGGAACUGUACUCCCAGCUACACCUCAAGGUCCACACAUUCUCCAGCCCUGGAUUGCAGAGGAUCAGGCGGUGGAACUCUGCACUGCACCACUGUAGAUUGCAGGGGCCAUAUUUUUAAUGUAACUAGUCAUGGGCUUAUCCAAGAGGGGAUAAGCUGCCCCCAAAACCAAUUAAAAUCAACAAAAAUACAUAGCUAACUGAGGUUCUGCCCCCCACAACAAAAGGCCUGCCCCUCCCAACAAAAAUACUGGCUACGCCCAACUAGUUCAGAUUUUGCCAGCCUGGUAUGUCCUGCCCCCACCAUAAGAUAGGUUGUGACUCUAGGGGCCAAGGCAAUUUUGACAUCCCCCCCAAUGUCAGCCCCCUCAAUUUUCAGAGGAUGUUUGGCUCUGCCCCCUGGUUUCUUGCAAUGUUGCACAAAGUUGCAUCAGGUCCCCUCAAUCCUCUGGAGAAGCUUCUGCACCAGAAUGUUUUGGACUACAAUUUCCAUCAGCCCCAACCAGUAUGGUUGUGCUGGCUGGGGCUGGGGGGUGUUGGAUAUUCCAAAGUAUUUGGAGGUUGCCAGGUUGGUGGGGGUUGGCACGUCAGGGCUACUGUUGUGCUCACUUGCUACGUGCAGGGAGUCUUUACAUGGAGCCUUCAAAAGUACUACACCGUUCUCUGCAGUCUGAAGUGGUGCAGCCCCUGAAGUGGUGCAACCCCCUAGAUUGGCACCUAGACCCUGGCACAGCUCCUUACCAGCAUCCCUGCCUCCACAGCCCCCUUGCCCCUUGUGACAGUUUUCUUUCUCCCAUCCCCAAUUUAUGCAAGAGAGAGAGAGGCUGCUCAGCUGGGAAGCAGGAACAGUUUCACAGAGUCCCUAUCCUGCCACCAGCUGGUGCAAGCCAGUGGCGUGUAGGGGGCUCCAUAAAACUGCCUGGCUGAGCAAUGGCCGAUGUAUGCUUCUCAACCAAGCAGUUUAAAGAAGUGAAGGGAGGAACAAGCUGUAUUGGCCCCUCUCCGAUGCAGCAUGUUUCUCCCUCUGCACCAGUUUGAGGGCAAAGUGGGAUGGCAGCUUCACUCAGCUGGAUAUCGCUGGUGAAACUGCCGCUGCCCCUGAGUCCCUCUGCCUCCAGUGCCCGGCUGCAGCUUGUUUCUCCCUUGGCGCGCUGGGCACUGGUGGCUAAGGAACUGAGGAGGAGGCUGUUUCACCUGUAAUAUACCACUGAGUGAAGCUGCCAUUGCUGUCUGCCCCUCAUACCGGUCCUGGGCGAUGAACUGAUACAUUGCCCAGGCCUACCCCACCUGUGUUCCUUCCGAUGUUCCUGGACUACAACUCCCAUCAUCCCUGACCAUCGGCCACGCUGGCUGGGGCUGAGGAGAACUUGAGCCCACUAACAUCUGGAGAGCCACAGGCAGGCCCAUGCAGAGCUUGUCUGAGGCCUGGGGCAAGGAUCUUAUUCUCAGCAUGACAGUGUAAGUCUGGCAAGCCCCUGGCAGGAUCCCACGGCCAGCCCAGCUCUCCAAGGCCCAAGGCAAGUGGACCCAGCUGCCCCACAACCUGCAUAGGCCUGACCACAGGUUCCCUAGCUCUCCUUAUUUAUGUGUAUGUGUGUUUAAAAUUAUUAGUACUUUUUCAUAAUAAAAAAUCGACAACAACCAUCCCUCCCUGUUCUCCUCCUGGUGGCUAAGGAACUCAGGAGUAUUGGUGGUUUCACUUGCAAUAUGCCACUGAGUGAAGCUGCCAUUGCUGUCUGCCCUUCAUACCAGUCCUGGGCGUUAUAUUGAUGCAUCACCCAGGCCUACUGGAGACGGAGAGGAAGGGUGUAUCAAAAGGAAAAUGAAUUGAUACUGAUUUUUAUAUAUUAGUAACUUUGUAUUACUGUAACAUUUCUGUAUGUGUGUUUUUGUAAUAUUUUGUGUAUGUUGUCUGUUGUUAUGUCAAAUUUCUGUAUACUUAUUAGAGAUAUUUCUUAUAUAUUAAGUGAUAUAGAAAUAAAAUAAUCAAUCUGCCUUGGGAUGGGGUGGGAGCCAUUUUUUCCUGUCAAGGGCUGCAUUUCCUCAGCAUUCUCUGCCGGGAGCUGCGUGCCAGUGCUGAGUGGAUGGAUCACCCCUCCCUCCUUCCCUCCCUCCGCCCCCUGCAUGGAAUUAGGCUGAGGGCAGUAGGUUGCCCGCCCCAGAACUAUGAGCUAGCACUGGGGUGUUUCUUCUCCAUUUUUUGUUUCUAAGGCCAUGCAAUUGAAGCAGGCUGGUUCCUGCUCUGCUACGCGCAGCGCCAGCAGGACUCGGACCUCGUGGCCCAGGCUGUGGAGAAGUUCAUGAAGGAGCCAUUCCGUCUGGGCUGGGACCCUGAACAUGGGGGACUCUUUGCCUUCCAGGAUGUGGAUGGCCUCUGCCCAACGCAGGUACAGAAGCUUGGACCCUAAAGCCUACAUUCACCAUGUAUUUGACAACUGCCCUCCUCCUGGGAUCUCUUGGGUUGUUUCCUCCCACCCCGCAAUUUUCCCUCUCUCUCUUCUUCAGUUAGAGUGGAAAAUGAAGCUUUGGUGGCCACACACAGAAGCCAUGAUUGCAUUUCUGAUGGGCUUUGCUGAGACUCGAGACCAAGAGCUCCUGGAACGCUUUGUCCAAGUGGCUAAAUAUGCCUUUGCCAAGGUAAGCUUGAAGGCUGGCCAUGGAGUCUGAGCUUGGGAGGGCAGGGGGUGCCAUUAAGUUAGAACAGAGGUGGUGAGAUGAGGUUUGAAGAAAGUGCAUUUCCUGGUCACAGGCUCUGGGGGCUGGGAAAGAAGCAGUGCCCAAGACCUUGCAGAGCUGGGUGCUGAUUGGGUGCAGCAUAAAGCAGCUUCCACUGGUCAGUAUGGUGACCGUCAGCUUCCUAACCUAUGGGAGUAGCACCAGGAACCUAAAACCCCUCCAUACCUCACAUCUCACACUGUAGAUCAUUUUAUAAUCUGAUACGCAUAUUGUUUCACCAUCUUUGCUUGUUCUUCUCUUAGUUCAGUGACCCACAGGCAGGUGAAUGGUUUGGCUAUCUGAGCCAGGAGGGCAAGGUGGCUCUCACAAUCAAAGGAGGGCCAUUCAAAGGUAAAGAGGCUGUGUGGUGGCUUAAUUGUGACGGUUGGGGGGCAGUAAUAAGAUUUAAUCUGAGCAAGAAUGUCAGCAAGGCACACCUGCAAGGCCUUUUUCCAGUACUGAAGUUCAGUGGUAGAAUGCAGAGCACAGUGUAACAAGAGUGGCUCUAGAAUGUGUGUUCACUCUGCUACUGAUAACCAGCACCCACUCACAGCUACCUAGAAUUAGCAGUGUGGGCAGAAAGAGACAGCAGCAUAUACCUGCCUCCAGUAAAUGCUCUCUUGGGAUCACCUGCUGCUUUUGGAGUAAAAUGACAUGCUUCCCCUAUGACCAGUCUGCCCUUAUGCAUCCGUAGGGCUUUGAGGGGGAAACUACUACUGCCAUGUUUGAAGUGUUAAUGCUUCUAUAGCACUAUCAGCAUGCAAAACUUGUCAAGGACAUUGAGGGAGAAUUGCAAUAUCCCCAUUAGGACUGCAACUUUUUCAGGUUUUACAACUAUUACUCUGUUUUCAUAGGCAACCAACGUGCUCUUGAUUUAAGUGCUAUUUGUUUAUAACACAUCUAGAUUAUUUAUGAAAGCUGAAGAUAGCAGGCCCCAUGGCUCAACCCCUCACACAGGAAGGAAGGAAUGCCCCUUUUUUAAUUAACUUAUUUAUUGAUAUUUAUUCAUAGAUACUACAAAAAUACAUACCCAUUACAAAAUACUUUUUAUAAUAUACUAAGACAGCUACUUAGUCUAAAAAAGAACUAAGUCAGAAAGGAGAGACCUGAAAAACGAAAAAGGGAGAGAAAAGGGGAAGAAAGGAAAAACUACAGAACUACAGAAAAGAGUAAGAGGACUUCUGUCUCUUUGUCCUGCAGCUACAUAUAAUAUUUAUUCCUUAAAAUCUGACCAUCCUAUCUUUAUACCAGUAUUUUUUCAGUCUUCAGAUUCUGACAAGUUCAUUUUCUCUUUCAUGCAAAAAGUCCUUAAGAAAUUUCCAAUCCUUAACAAAUGUAAUUAUUUUUCUCUAAUUAAAACAUGUUAACUUUGCCAUCUCAGCCAGAUUCAAUAAUUUCAUCAGCCAUUCUUUUAUAGUGGGUAGGAAUAUCUUUUCAUCUUUGUGCAUAGAGCAGUCUUGUUGCUGUAGUCAUACAUUGGAGUAAUCAGGAAUAAAGUUAAGGAGCUACUGGUGGAAUUUCUGGAAAAGGAGGCUAGAAAUAUGGAAGCAGAAUUGGAUAAAAUUUAUAGAAUCAACACGCUACGGAAAAAUAAACUUCCAAGAGAUGUCCUGGUCCAAUUUGUUAGGAUAAAAAACACCUAGAGACGAUACAGAUUUGACUGUGCUGAAAGAAAUUCUACCUAAGAUACUACAUAAAAGAAAAGAAUACAGCUUAACAGAUAAACCUAAACAGAAAAGAAUCCAAUUUAGAUAGGAGGCAGCAGAAGGAUUCUGACUUAAUACAGUACAGAGAGCAAGAGAAUUUGUGGAGAGAUUUAAAUCUGAUAUUAAAGAUGUGCAAGUGGAGGAGACUUAAGAUGCAGCAAUGGGAGCAUCAAGUAUAGAGGUGACAAAUUAACUUGACUGACUAUGGAUUACAAAAUUUUAACAUGGAAUAUAAAUGGGGCAAAUGCUUCACAAAAGAGGAAAAAGGUAUUUUAUCACUUGAAUAUAGUGAAAUUAGAUUUAAGAUGUUCACAAGAAACACUUAUUAGGAAAAAGGACACAAAAUAUUUGAUUCAAAAGAAAUUAGGGGAAGAAUGUAUUUCUGCAGGAACAAAGAAAAGAAAUGGAGUUAUAUUGUAUAUAUACAUUCCCAGUUUUGUCCAAAAUUGAUUCUUUUGGAUGAACAAGGUAGAUUUGUUGGGGUGGAAAUUAACAUUUGUGGAAAAAUGAUUUUGGAUCUAGGUAUAUAUGCUCCAAAUGAUAACAAAUCAGCUUUUUAUAAAGGAUUCAUGGAUAGACUGAGGGAUUAUGCAUAUGAAAACUGGUGCCUUAUGGCAGAUUGGAAUGCUCUCCCCCAGACAAGGCAGGAGUCAGAGAAAUGUAUUUUGCAGCCUGUUGUCUAAUGUGGAUGAAGGAGGGGUUGACCUGGAGAAGGGAGAGGACUUUAGAAAUAGGGCAUGACCGAAGGUUUGGAUGGCAUGGAUAUCUGUGGAAUAAUAAAGUUAAAGUUAAUGUAGAUUUUAAAAAUCACCGUAUUCGAAGUGCCAUAUUAAGAAUUUGGAAUAAAUGCAAACCUCGGUUGCACCAAAAGACACCUGUAUGGAUUUCACCACAAGAGGUUUUUCACAGAAAAGAGAUGACAGGCAAAGGGAAAUGGAUAACAUACCACAAAAUAAUGGAAACACCUCAAUGAGAUGGGGGAGCCUCUUGAAGCAAAGCAAGUAUGCUUCCCCCAGAAAACUAUUUGUGUUGUUCAUGCACAAAUUAUGCAAUCCUAACCAUGUCUACGCAGAAAUAGCUUCUAUUGAGUUCAGUGGUGCUUACUCCCAGGUCAAUAGGGUUAGGCUUGCAUCUUAAGAUUUGCCACACUGGAAUCCUCUUAGCCUUGGUGGUAUUUUUUCUGAUCUGUAAUAUGCAUUCUGCUAGCUAAACUUCCAUUGUUGUGAUUUUUUAGUAACCUGCAGGCAUUCUGGAGAGAUUAGACCAGGCUUCCUCAGCCUUGGCCCUCCAGGUGUUUUUGGCCUACAACUCCCACGAUCCCUAGCUAGCAGGACCAGUGGUCAGGGAUGCUGGGAAUUGUAGUCUCAAAACAUCUGGAGGGCCAAGGUUGAGGAAGCCUGGAUUAGACAAAUGACUGCUUGACUUCCUUUUCAACCUUCUUUUUACCAUUUCCCUCAUUUUUAUGAAGUUUCUCCACAGCUGUUCAAAUGAGCCAAGAGCUGCCCCUGAUGGUUCCAAAUCUACUUCCUGUUUGGGUUGCUUCUGCCACUAAACCUUGCUGGCUCACUUGCUUAAGACACAUGACUUGCAAUACUUUAAUGCCCCCACACCAAGCUGUGGUUAGGGAAAUGCAGUAAAAGAGGGUGUUUGGGAGACAGGAUCCCUGUCUUGUUUCAUUUAUUUAAAGCAUUUUUAUCCUGCCCCCUUACAUUCCUCCCCAUGUCUAUCUUUGCAGGCUGUUUCCAUGUCCCCCGUGCGCUCUAUAUCUGUGAAGAAAUUCUGGAAUCGCUCAAAAGGGAAACUCAAUUGACCAGCCAGGGAUGAAACACUCCACUAACUUUUGUAUUAAGUGAAGGGAUGGGUGUUCUCUACUUUCUGCCUGGGAUAAAUCUUAAUUCCAGUCACAUUCUUCUUCAACCAUGGUAGAAACUAAAGAACCCCUUUUCAGCCACUUCUCACUCCCAGUUCCAGUGGCUAUUUUACACUCCUGGCCAACCUUGAUUUUGCAGAACUCCAUCGUGAACAAAUUUGCUACGGUCCCAGGCUGUGCUCUCUUACAGGGGGAGAUAGGCUGUUAACCGCUGGUCACAUCCAGACCAUACCUUUAAAACAUUAUGAAGCACUCUUAUACCACUUUAAUAGUCAGGUUUUCCCCAAACAAUCCUGGGAACUGUAGUUUCUGUGUGAUGACCCAACAAACCUUUAAUUCCUAGCACUGUUGACAAACCAUAGUUCCCAGGAUUUUCCAUGACUGUUAAAGUAGUAUAAGAGUGCUUUAAAUGUAUACUGUGAAUGUGACAAUAUUUUGGUUCUUAACCAUUUUCAUGGUGGGAGAACUUUGGGGUUGUUUUUUCAAAAAAAUGCUUUCAUUCUCUCCCUGGUUAGGGAGCCUUUGCCAUUUCCUUGCCUGAUGUUCACCACUUGCCUUUUCUUCUUUGAGGGUCCAAAUGAAUCUCUGCAAUUGAGAAACAAUAAAAAAGAUACACACUGAAUGGAAAACGGGAGUGUGUUGGGUCUACCCUGUUGUGCUUUUUUCCUAUUCAUGGGGAGAGACACUACUGGGGGAUGGAGCUUGAGGGUCUGCCAGAGGCCUAGUUUCACUGAAGUGACUGGGCUAUAUACCAUAUCUGACUGAGGGGGGCCUCACAAAAAUUGCCUCUCGACAUAUAACCUAAGCAUGUUGGAGUGACAGGUUCUAGCCUAGCCUUCUCCCUGACAUGCCCGUUUUCUGUGUGAAGUGAUUUAUUUGUUUUUAAUGGGGUAUUCUGUCAUGUGAAGCCCAACCUACAGCCUAGACUCAGAAGAAAGUCUAAAGAGACAGAGAGAGCAAUCCUCUUCAGGGAGUCGCAGGGGCUACUUGGAUGGGUGCAGUGGCGGGGGAGCAUGCCACAUUCUAUAUUCUCCCAGUGCAGAAGGGGCCUUGGCCAGGUGGAACAGCU